AUGGAUCUCGAGCAAGGCCUAUCUCAACCUACAAAUUCUUUUCCCAAUCCAGCAAAACUCCCUUCGAUUACUUCCGGGCUUCCAGCCAUCGACGAUGGUCGCAUUCAUAUCGACCUGCGUCGCGUAUCUUCCAAAACUUUAGCCCGCGUCGUCGGAACGAACCCCGACUACAAACCCUCAGGAACACUAGGCUCACCGCCUCCCUAUUCCCCAAGUCCACGAAAGGUUAUACCGCUCAAUAUCGUUAUUCAAGUUGUUGGUAGCCGCGGCGAUGUGCAGCCUUUCGUUGCUCUGGGGAACGAACUCCAGAAGCACGGCCACCGUGUCCGGAUAGCAACUCACAAUGUUUUCAAAAAGUUUAUCACGGAUUCGUACCUCGAAUUUUACCCGAUCGGCGGCGAUCCGGCGGACCUAAUGGCAUACAUGGUGAAGAACCCAGGACUUAUACCGAGUAUGGACAGUGUUCGUGCCGGAGAUAUCCAGAAGAAGCGGAAGAUGAUUGCAGAACUUCUCAACGGUUGCUGGCUUUCCUGUAUUGAACCGGAUCCUGACUCUGGCCGGCCGUUCGUGGCGAGUUCCAUUAUCGCUAAUCCUCCAAGCUUCGCACAUGUACAUUGCGCACAGGCGCUGGGGAUUCCGCUCCAUCUAAUGUUUACGAUGCCCUGGACCAGUACUGCCUCUUUCCCCCACCCGCUCGCGAGCAUCACAGCAGAUGGACUAGGUGUCAGCCAAGGCCAACUGAAUAAUAUGUCUUAUUCCGUGUUCGAGUGGAUGACAUGGCAAGGUCUAGGUGAUGUUAUCAACGAAUGGAGGUCAUCCAUGCUUGACCUUGAGCCAAUUACAAUUUCUUCGGGACCUAAGCUUGCAGAUUCAUUACAGGUACCAUUCACGUACUGCUGGUCCCCAGCCCUCGUACCAAAGCCCAAUGAUUGGCCUAGUUACAUCGACGUCUGUGGCUUUUUCUUUCGAGAGCCUCCACCGUUCGAACCGAGCCUAGAUUUAGAAGAGUUUCUGGCCCGUGGUUCUGAGCCAGUAUAUAUCGGAUUCGGCAGCAUCGUCAUCGACGACCCAGAACGUCUGACGAAUAUUCUAGUGAAUGCAGUGCGUAAGUCCGGCACUAGGGCUAUAAUCUCGAGAGGAUGGUACAACCUAGGCAGCGGGAUUCAGCUCGAAGACGAAAACAUAUUGUUCUUGGGGGAUUGUCCUCACGAGUGGCUCUUCCAAAAGGUCUCCGCCGUUGUACACCACGGAGGCGCCGGAACUACAGCAUGCGGAUUGCGCAACGGAGUACCAACAUUGAUUGUGCCCUUUUUUGGAGACCAGCCUUUCUGGGGCGAAAUGGUCGCCAGAGCAGGUGCUGGCCCGCCACCAAUCGGUCACAAAUCACUCGACGCUACCAACCUCGCCGAAGCCAUCACGUUUUGCUUACAAGAAGACACAAAAUCUGCCGCAAAACAACUCGCGGCUAAAAUGAGCCACGAAGCUGGCGUGCCGGCCGCGGCCGACUCGUUUCAUCGCCAUUUUCCGUUCGAACACGCCAGCUGCAAUCUGCUGCCAAACCAGCCUGCUGCGUGGACCUACAAACGCGGCAAGACAAAACUCAAACUAUCCAAGCUUGCUGCGGAAAUACUCAUCGACCAUUUGAAAAUUGAUGGCCGUCGGCUACAACUAUUUCGACCCAAACCAGUCUACAUCGACACAGAUCGGUGGGAUCCCGUCACGGCCGCAUUAUCCUCUUCCCUAACUGUUGGUACCGAAAUGUUGACUGCAGCAGUCGACAUUGUUCGCAAGCCUGUGAAGGCUUAUAAGACAGAAUCGACGAGCAAUAGGAGCGAUAAGACGGACGACCUUGUGUUGGCCAAAACGUUAAACUCCACCAAAGAGCCUCAGGUAAUGAAGCAAGACAGGAGCUGCUUGGGUUCAUCACGUGUAGUGAUGGGAUCAGCUACUACUGCCACGGGGGUCUUUGUGACUUCCAUCAUACGGGGCUCCUACGUCAAUGUGCCUCUGGCCAUCACAGAAGGUCUGCGAGCAGUUCCAAAGUUAUACGGAGAAGAUGUCCCAGAUCACGAGCCAAUUACAGGGUGGAAGUCCGGCACGCGAGUUGCAGGCCACCAGUUUGCUCUCGGGCUGGCGUACGGGGUAUGCGACAUUUUUGUUCAGCCAUAUCUCGGUGCUCGCAAAGAGGGCGGCUUGGGAGCCGUGAAGGGCCUCGGUAAGGGUUUUGUUGGAACUGUAACAAAGAUUGGAUCAGGCGCCCUUGGCUUGUUUGCUUACCCAGCCCAGGGAAUCUAUCGUAGCAUCAGGACGAGACGUAGAAAUAGCGCGGUAGGCGCCAUACAAGCUGCCAUGCUUGCUGAGGGCAAACAUGAGUUGGCUAAAUGGAGAUGCGAUGCGACGACGGGAAUUGAAGAAUCGCUACUCGAGAGAUUUGCCAGCAUAUGCGCGAACCAACAGUAA